AUGAAUAUCUCGAAAUUUUUUUUAAUAUUCAUCCCCCUUGUACUAUUUAAGUAUCCUGCAAAUAAUGAGUUAAUUAAUUAUAAUGUGAUUUUAAAAUAUGAUGUAAAGGAUUUAUUUAAAAGAGUAUUGCAGGAGCAAAAUGAAGAUAUUAAAGAUGAUAAUGACGAAAAUGAUGAAGGUGAUGAAGAAGAUGAAUACUAUAGUUAUUUAAAAAAUAGAGGAACCAAUGAAUUUGAUAAAGUGAAAUAUAAAUACGCAGAAUAUGUGCGUUUCUCCAUUUUUAAGAGUAAAAAUAUAUAUACGCACAUUUUUAAUGAAUUACUAGUAUUUUUAGGCGCCCAAUAUGGUACUGAAGAAGAAAUAGUGGUUCAUGUAAAAUUAAUCGAUAUAUUAUCUUUAUUGUUUACUCAUUAUAAGGAUAAUUUAAGUAAAUUUGGUCAUAUAUUAAAUAGUUUUCAAGAUAGAAGCAAGCUAAUGAAUUCAGUGGAAAAUGAAUUUAUGAAUGAAUUUAUAAAUGAAAGAGAUAAUUAUAUUUAUGACGUUAAAAAUGCAUACAAUAAGAGCGAUAAUAACGAUGAUGAAUGGAUCGAAACUGUUUUAAAUAAAAAAAAUAUGUUAUAUGAUAAAUUUUUAAAAGAAUGGAGAAUCGAUGGAUCGAACUUUUACAGUAUUCAUAACAAAAAAAAAACAUAUUUACCAAAAAAAGUUUUUCAAAAUAAACAAAAUUAUAUUCCCGAUUUUGAAAAUAUGGAACAUGUAGAUUUAGUGUGUAAGCCAAUAAGUGAUUCAGCCAUUGAUGAAAAAAGUGCUGAAAAAUAUGAAGAUAAAGAAUUAAACAUAAAUGAACAAAAUGAACAGAGCAAUUCUAAAAAAGAACAAACUGGCAAUGAUAAUGUAAGCGAAACAAAAAUGCACAAAGAAGAAAGUUCGGAUAGCUCUAAUAAAACAGACGAAAGUAAUGUAUGCAAAUCCGAAAAUAAAUAUAUUAAAAAAACAAACAAUAAUAAAAAAAUUAAAGAAGAACGACAUGGAUUUAUCUAUAAAAUGAGAAAUGAUUUUUUUUUAAGUGAUGCUUCAUUAAAUGUAAUAUCUUUAAUUAAUUCCAUAACAUCAAAUGAAGAGAAUAAAAUUGUUAAAAAAUUAUAUACUGGUUUAAAAAAAUUAAAAAUAACAACAUUUGAUAACCUUAUUAGAUAUACAAAUAUUAUAGGUAUAUUUUUUUCUUAUGAUAUUUUUGAUGAAUUGUAUUUACAAAUUAAAUUAAUUAAAGAAUAUUUUGGUCUUAUCCCAAGAAAUAACGAUGAGCUUUCUAUCGUUUCAAAAUCUAAAAAUGUAUCUAAAAUAAAAGUAUAUGGAAAAUAUAAUAUAACUGAUGAUGAAAUGUUUGUUCCACCAGUUUGCUUGAGUGCCUAUUGUAAAUUAAGGUCAGUAUGGAUGCAAAAUCGAGAUUUUAAUUUUAAAAUUGAAAAAUAUAGUUCGAAUUCUAUAAAUUUUAUGACGUUAGGAGAUAUUGGACGCGGGUUUAAAAAAGAAAAUAGCUAUGAUGAAGAACAAAUGUUAAAAUUGAUAGGUUUUAAUGAGUUAAAAAGUACUUCUAAUGCUAUGAAAGAUUGGCAUGCAUCAAAUAACGCUGAUUUUGUAAUUAAUUUAGGAGAUAAUGUGCCCGAGGUAGAUGAAUUGGAUUAUUUGAAAAAUUUUGAAUGGCAUAAAAUAAUGAGGGAAUUAUUUACUUUUAGAAAACAAGAUGAAGAUGAAGAAAAAAAUGAUGCAGAUUCAUAUUCAAUUACUAAAGAUAAUAUACAGGAAUUUUAUAAAGAAGUCGAAAAGCAAAUGAAUAAUACAAAUACAGAUGACAAAAAUCAACACAAUGAUAUAUCUACUACUCCAAUCAAUAAUUAUACUGACGGUAAUGAGGGUAACAACAAUUCUGAAAAUAAUAACGGUUUUAGAGAAUACAUUAAUGAUAAUACAAAAGAUUACAAUAUUUAUAAAAAUGAAACUACUGAAAAAGAAGAAACAUAUGAUUCAAUACCAUUUUUCUCGAUAUUUGGAGAAAAGGAUUAUUUUUAUUUUCCUAGUGAGCAAAUACAAGAACAUUAUGCAAAACGGAUUCCAGGUUAUUUUUUCCCAAAUAAUUAUUAUCGUAUCAAUUAUGAUUUUGUAUAUAAUAAUAAAGAGAAAAAUGGGGUUCAAGAAAAAUUUAAAGCAUCUUUUAUUUUUAUUGAUACAUGGUCAUUAAUGAUUGGAUUUCCUAUUAUAAGAAAUUAUCGAUCCUUCCGUGAGCAAUUUAAUUGGAUAAAUAAAGCUUUGUUAGAAAGUGCUAAAGAAAGUGAUUGGAUUUUUGUGGUUGGACAUCAUCCAUUUAUUUCUAGUGGUAGAAGAUCAGAUAAUUAUUCAUUUGAAGAGCUUUCAUUUCAUAAUAUCAUAAGAAACUUUUUUUUCUAUUAUAAUAUAGAUGGCUAUUUUAGUGCUCAUGAUAAUUUAAUGGAAUAUCUAAAUUUUGGGCCUCUUAAUUUAUUUGUUAAUGGUUCAUCUUCUAGAGUAUUAUUUGAUAAAUCUACUAUACUGGGUAGAGGGUAUUUUGGGAAAAUGGUUGGAUCAAUUUAUCCUGUUACUUGCUAUUUAUUGACUACAAUACACUCUGCCUUAAGACCUAAAGGUUGUGAUAUUAGUAAAUAUUCAAAAUGGUCAAAUAAAUAUGAUAUUGGAUUUAGUGCUCACAAAUUAAGCAAAGAUGAGCUUGUAACUGAAUUUAUAAAUUCGCGAUCAGGAAAGCCAGUCAGCCAAAAAAUAGUUAUAAAAAAUAAAAAAGAUAAAAGAAGAAAAUUUUAUGAUUUAGAUGGAUAUACAAAUGAUAAAAUUAAACAAUUCGAAAAUAAAAUCUAUGAAUUUAGUUCUAAAAAUCCUAAUUUUAUUAAAUAUAAAAUUGAAGAAUUUAAAGAAAAUGAUAAAAAACUUAAUAUAAUUAUGAACAAUUUAAAAAGUGAAGAAGAAAAAGAUGCUUUUAGAAGCCUUAUGUUUUUAAAUAAUUUAAUUUUUGGGAUUUCAAGUCAUAUUUCUAAUAUAUCAUUUGAUCAAUUAAAAUUAAUGUGUUACCUUGCCAAUAAAUAUCGUACGUUUUUUAAUAAAAAACUUAUCAAAUUUUUAGGAGAAGAGCUAAAAAUAGCGGUACAAAAAAUGGAAGUAAAAACAACAAACGAGACUCCACACAACUCAAACGAGAUCCUUAAUACAAAUGAAAAUGAAAGUAUUCAGCCAAAUGAUCCAACAAUGAAGGUAGAACAAAUUAUGGAAUUGAUAGACACAUUAGGAUAUAAACCAGACGAAUUUUUGGAAAAAUAUGAUGCAAUGACACAAGAAGAAAAAGACGCAUUGAAAGAAAAGCUUGGAAAUGAUGUAUCAUUAGAAGAUUACUUAAGCAAGGUAAAGAUGUAUAUUCAUAAGAAAAAACUAAGUGCAGAAGAAUUAAAAGAAUAUGAAGAAAACGAGGAAAAUAUUAAAAUAGCAGAAGUCCCAGAUGAAUCAAAAGAAGAUGACAAUACAAACAGUCAACCAGAGGACACUAUUGAUCAAGAAAAUAAAGAUGACAUAAAUGAUAUUAUUAAUGCACCGAAUGAAGUGCAUAAAAAUUAUAAAGAAUUAGUAGAAAAGGAAAAAAAAUUAACUGAAAAUGAACAUGCCUUACUAAUGUUAAGUUCUCUUAAAACUUAUGAUGAAAUGAAAUAUUCCUUAAAUAUUUUGUCAAAAAAAGAAGUUAUUAAGGAAGAAGCUCACCCAUAUGGUUUAUAUUAUAUAGAAAAGCAUAAAACAUUUUUUCAAGUAUCCUUAGAAUUGUGUCCCGACAUUAAAAGAAUAAUAUCAAAUUUAGGAAAAGUUGGAACGAAACUAGCUUUCUACGAUUAUAUUAAUAAUUUGUAUAAUAAGAUAAUGGAUUUGAAAAAUUCCAUUGAUAAAAUUGCUAUAUUUUAA